UUGGAUUGAUGAGUCCUCAAUGCGCAUGCUCAGUAUUGGUUAUUUGUUGUCAUCAGCUGACUGGUGUGUAGUGCAGUCUCAUAUGUUAUUCAAGAUGGCGUCUUCUAACAGAUCAGUAACCAACACUUCUUUGUCACUAACACUACCAAUAUCAUGUCAAAUCUGCCUAGGAAAGGUCAAGGAACCGGUUGUCUGUCCCAAUCAACAUGUCUUUUGCUCUCCUUGUCUGAACCUUUGGUUACGUUCAAAUCCUUACUGCCCGACUUGUAGGACGCCGAUCACCAAUGAUCAACCCUGCAAGAAAAUAUUAGGAAGUAUUGACCUGCAAGUUAAUUCAGACGCCAUAACAAAAGCUGAGCUACGAAGGACAAGACUUGAACUCAUAAGGAAGGAGUAUGAGGAUGACUUAUCAACAAUGCAGAACACUAUUGAGAGGCUUAAAGCAGAAAACAAACGACUCCACGAAAGGCUCUCUGAACAAGACAAGACGAUAUCAUCACUUCAUUUAUCUGUCAAUCAGAAAUCAGGCAAGGAAAGCAGUUCUUCCAAGCCAUGCCCUGAUCUCGACAUGCUCCUCAAGCUUACUGCAAAACUUCAAGAAGCAAGUGUGACUUAUGAACAACUUAAAAAUGACAUGUUAAAAACAAAAGAGGAAAACAAAAGAGUACGAGAAGAAAACGAAAGUUUGUUACGACAGACAGCAAGAUUAAAAGAUGAUUCAUUAUUUACCAAGUCUCCACAGAGGUUUAGUCGUUACAGCAUGGCAGCAAUGCAAACAAAAGUCAGCCAGUACGAAAAGGAAGUUCAACAACUGAAAAAAGCACUAAGAAGAAGCGACAGUUACAUUGAAGAACUCAACGCUAAAAUCGAUGUUAAAAGUUGUGAUGAACGACCGUCCUCGUUAGGAGAUUCUUGUCAGAAGCAGGCAUCAUCUACGAACGAUGAGUCGCGCCGCAGUUCGAUUGCAUCUAUAGAAGGCCUCACCACUACCUCAGGUACAUCUCCAAAGAAUCCUGCCGAUAGUAAUACAGAGAAUAACUCUUCGUCCGGUGAUGAAGACAGACCAACAAUGGUCGAUGUUUGUAACUUUCCCAGUUCAUCAGCACUGACAACACUUAGUCAGAAUGCAUCUAAUAUUGGGGACGUACUAUCUUCUCCUCUCGCCGAAGCAGCCAGUGCAAUAGAAGCUGCAGAUCAGUGGUUAAAAGCUGCAUCUAGUAAAGCUGAUAGCUCUUCUGGCUUGCAAGCCCCAGACGUUUUCUACCAGGCAGAUAUCUCACUCCAGAGACUCGACUCCAAACUCAACAUGGGUAGUACACCACCAGUCGAUCCUUUUCCCGCCAGUAGACAGUUAAUGAUGCUGAGCGAACGAUUCAGUCGGCAGAGAGAUACACCGCCUGUUAAAUUAGACUACUCUGUUGCUUCCCCUUCAAGUUCAGAUGGUGGAAGGGUUCUUCCCAAGACCCUGGACUUUGAUAUGUUAGUGGAAGGAGGGUCAGUUAACGGAGACUCACCCCGAAACACUCCACAACUUGGUACUCUGUCACCAAGAAUCGAAAACUGCUCAAAUGACUUGACGUCUGUGUCUGCCGCCGUGUCGUACGCUUAUACCAAAAUCAAGACUGAAACUAACGAAUCCUUGGAUCCUGCCACACAAGCAAAAAGAGUAAAACUGGAGAAAGACGAGACGUUUCAAUUUGGGGACUAGUCCCAUUCUAAAGUCCGUCUCGAAGGAACAUUAGGCACUUUGAGAUAGGCCAUGGCGAGUCAUUACAGCUACGUUGGUCAACAGCGCUUCCCUGCCAGGAACAACUUCGACGCUUGCAGUCUCUGAAGACUUAGAAGAUAGCACAUACUAAGCGAAUAAGAAGGCGCGUCAUGACGUCACCAGUCGUGAUCUCCACAUCUUGGUCUAACUGACACUAGAGAAAAAAGUUUGCGCAUGCGUGCAUUUCAGCACGUUUUCUAAGAAUUUUGAAGAGUUUGAGUGAGAAAAUAAAUGUUUGUUUUCUCAAAGUAUACAAAAAAGUUCGAGAGUAUACUUUCAUCAGAUCAAGAUACUGUCUUAACAAACACAAUAUUAAAGAAUUAGCCUUAAGUUUCAAGCAUGGACAAUAAGUUUUGGCAUUUUGUGAAGUCCAAUUUAUCAGGCAUGUUUGAAAGUCAAAUUUACUUAUGUUUUGACUAAUUUACCUACGGAUUCAGAGCAUGCGCAGACGUUUUUCACUCGUGUCGGUCUAACUCGAAGUGACUAUCAACCAGGUCUUGAAUAGUAACGAGAGAACACUUUAUGAGUGCAGAUAUAUAAUAUACUGGCGUACGCACAUGUACAUAUAUAUAGUUUUAAGCGUGUUUCUAAACACCAUACGCAACUUAUCUUAUGCCAAGCAUAGGUUCGUCCCAGACAUUAAAUUAUUUUGAUUCUUUUAUAAUACUUGAUAGGUAGGGGACUGACUAGUAGGUUUUCUUUAAUAUCUCGUUCCAUAAAGUAUUUCCAAAUGUUUCGCGCAGAGAAAGACAAGUACCUUAUGUUAUUAUUAGAUCCCAGUUUUUAACGUGAGCAUAGAAGGAUUUGACGUCACCAUAAACCUUGUUGCCAUUUGCUUCCGUCUUGUGAAACAGCCAGAGAAGUCUUAUGCCAUGACGUCACUCUUAGGGUCCAGUUCCCAAGAGAACUCAUUGCGCUUUAUCAAAGCGUGUGUCUCAAUAUAUUAGAGUAUAUUUGUGGUUUGACUGUGAAAAGGGAAGGCACGGUUUUGGACCAAUCACAGCGCGCUGGAUUACAGCACGGUCACGACACAGGAACGAGCUUUUCACAGCCAUACGAAUUUUGCUCUAGGGCGCCAUCACUUGCGUUCAAAGGUAUCGGUAGGACAGUCUACCUAAACUGUAAGAUAACAUGAUAUCUAAAAUACUAUAACUAGACAUAAAUUUUAAGAAUUUUAGUAUAUUAAAUUAAUUUAGAAGAAAAUAUUCUAUUCAGUCGUUGGUUUGUCAAAACUUGAAUUUAUCGCCAAGCGAGCUAUGAUCUUUAUUUUAUUUAGUCAUAUUUUGAGGAUAAAGUAAAUAAAAGUAGGGAUUGUACAAAAGAGAUUAGUUUGAUUUAUAUUUUAAGUUAAAUGUCAGUUAAUGCUGUAAAAACAAAUAUUGGGUUUAAUUAAUAUA